AGGAGGCCGCCCAGCAGCGCCAUGAGCUACGCCUACCUGUUCAAGUACAUCAUCAUCGGCGAUACGGGCGUGGGCAAGUCCUGCCUGCUCCUGCAGUUCACUGACAAACGCUUCCAGCAGGUGCACGACCUGACAAUUGGGGUCGAGUUUGGUGCGCGCAUGGUGACGCUCGACGGUAAACAAAUCAAGCUGCAGAUUUGGGACACUGCGGGACAGGAGUCCUUCCGCUCCAUCACGCGCUCCUACUAUCGCGGCGCGGCGGGCGCGCUGCUGGUGUACGACAUCACGCGGCGCGAGACGUUCAACCACCUGACGUCGUGGCUGGACGACGCGCGCACACACUCCAACUCGAACAUGACCAUCAUGCUCAUCGGCAACAAGUCGGACAUGGAGCACCGCCGCGCCGUCACCGCGGAGGAGGGCGAGGCCUUUGCGCAGGAGCACGGGCUCAUCUUCCUCGAGACCUCCGCCAAGACGGCGGCAAACGUCGAGGAUGCCUUCAUCUCGACGGCCAAGCGGAUCUACGAAAAGAUCCAGCAGGGCGUGUUCGACGUGACCAACGAGUCUUUUGGCAUCAAGGUCGGGAUGGCGGCAGCCGGACCGAACCUCUACGCGCCGGCGCCAAAGCAAAGCAGUGGCUGCUGCUGAGAGCCUCCCCUCCUCCCGCCCGCCCCCCUCCCCCCUCCCUCCGCCUUAGCCUCGCCGUCCGCCCCUCCGCCGGAGCGGCCUACCGCCGCCCCGUCGCGCCGCUUGGCGCUCGCGCCGCCCGCCCGCUUUGCGCCCAUCUACGUUCCUCGCCCGCCGUCGCCCACCGCGACGUUUUUGAGCUUGCGAGAGCCGCGCCCGGGAGGGGGGAGGGGAGAGCGCCGGGAGCACGCGCGCCGCCGCGAAAAGCGGAGGGCGUGGGUGCUGAGUACGUGGAUGAGAGGGGCGGCGCGCGAGCGGGCCCGUGUUGUUGCUUAUUUGUGAUGAGCGUGACAGUUAGAACUC